AAGAGCCUCUUUUAUUGUUUUAAUUUUUUAUUUCGCAAUUUUUAUGUUCUCCGCCAUCGCGACCCUAUCGACCUCUGUCUCACUCCCCCUUUCUCUCCCUAUUGGAUUUCUUCGCGGUUAUCUCAAUCUAGGGUUAGGGUUUCGUUUUGGCUGUCGCUUUCUCAUUGCUUUCGGCGAUUAAUUAAACAGUUCGCUGAGAGAGUAUGGGAGGAGGCAAUGGAGCUGGAGAUGAGGUCAGCGAAUCGAACGGCGGUGGGAAUGAAGUCACCGUCAAUAUCAGAUGUUCCAAUGGAUCAAAAUUUUCGGUAGGCAUAAGUCUAUCCUCGACGGUUGAAGCUUUUAAGGCCGUACUUGCUGGGAAGUGCGAUGUGCCGGCCGAUCAACAGCGGCUGAUUUACAAGGGUCGGAUCUUGAAGGACGAUCAAACACUUCAUAGCUACGGUUUGGAGGCAGAUCACACUGUUCAUAUGGUUCGUGGAUUUGCACCUGCUGCAGCAGCCAAUACAGCUCCAGCUAGCAACACUGGAGCUUCAAAUACUGUUUCAACUACUACACGAGCUGUUGGUUCCAAUGAAGGUGGAGCACUUGGAGGAUCUGGUUUUGAAGCUUCACUAUUUCCAGGACUUGGUUUGGGUGGUAGCGGUGGUUUGUUUGGAGCUGGACUUCCAGAGUUUGAACAGGUGCAGCAACAAUUGACUCGGAAUCCUAACAUUAUGAGAGAAAUCAUGAAUAUGCCAGUGAUUCAGAAUCUAAUGAAUAAUCCUGAGAUCAUGCGGAACUUGAUAGUGAACAAUCCUCAAAUGCGUGAAAUUAUUGAUCGAAAUCCUGAGCUAGCUCAUAUACUUAAUGAUCCUAGCACUCUCCGUCAAACACUUGAAGCAGCAAGAAACCCUGAACUCAUGCGUGAGAUGAUGCGCAACACUGACAGAGCAAUGAGCAACAUUGAAUCUUCACCUGAGGGAUUCAACAUGCUUAGACGCAUGUAUGAAACUGUCCAGGAACCAUUUUUGAAUGCAACCACAAUGGCUGGAAAUACUGGAGGUGAUAACACAAACCCAUUUGCAGCUCUUCUAGGGAAUCAAGCUACUGAUAGGUCAACUAAUCCAUCAACUACUAGUUCUGAGUCAACAACCGGAUCCCCUGCUCCAAAUACCAAUCCACUGCCCAACCCUUGGACAGCUGCCGGGACUGGUGGUGCCCAAAUAAAUAGUCCAAGGUCGAAUACUGCUGCGGAUGCUAGGCCGCCAGCGCCUGCUGGACUAGGAGGACUUGGUCUCCCAGAGUUUGAUAACAUGUUUGGUGCUAUGCCUGAUGCUAAUGGAAUGAGUCAGUUGUUGCAAAAUCCAGCAAUUUCACAAAUGAUGCAAAGUCUCCUUUCCAAUCCUCAGUACAUGAACCAGAUGCUUGGUGCUAAUCCUCAAUUCCGCAGCAUGCUUGAUUCAAAUUCUCAAUUUAGAGAAAUGAUGCAAAACCCAGAAUUUCUUCGUCAAUUGACUUCUCCUGAGACAAUGCAGCAACUUCUGUCUUUCCAGCAAGCUCUGCUUUCUCAGCUUGGUCGGCAGCAGUCAACCCAAGAACCAGGUCAAACGGGUGCAGGAACAGGAACACCUAAUAAUUUGGGUUUAGAGAUGUUGAUGAACAUGUUUGGUGGCCUUGGGGCUGGCAGCCUUGCUGUUCCGAGCAGACCAAAUGUGCCCCCAGAGGAACUUUAUGCAACCCAGUUGUCACAGCUUCAAGAAAUGGGUUUCUUCGACACUCAAGAGAAUAUACGGGCGCUAAUUGCCACUGCUGGGAAUGUCCAUGCUGCAGUGGAGCGACUUUUGGGGAAUUCUGGUCUGUAAUUGAUUUAUAUUCUCUAUGUUAUGGGUUAGUGUCUAUUUGGACUGCUGAGUCUAGACCCGAGUUGUAUUCAAGCCCUCUUUUUGGGUAUAAAUAAGUUCAAGUAUGAUAGUUAGGGCUAUGAACAUUCUUGGUGUGUCUGGUCAUUGAAUGAUCUUAUAUUUCUCUGCCUCUCAUCUCCUCCCUCCUUAAUGAGGGCCCAGUCCAGAAUGUCUUGUACAUACUUCAUAUUAAAAUUUGUUAUGUGAAUCUUCUGCAAAUUGAAAAAUUGUUGAUUAUUAUUUUUCC